CCAGGCAGACGGGGUGGGGGUGGGGGGGUGCGCCCUGCCCUGCCAGCAGGCUGCUCAUUUUCUCCGUUGCUGGAACAGGUGUCCCAGACAGGUUUCGGGGAGGGGAAGCAGGGAGGAAGUUGGCAGGAAGUGCAUAGCGGGCACCUCUCUGCCCAGGCUGUGCCAGCGUUCCGCCCGCCCCCCGCCCGCGCCCGGGUUCCCCGGCUGAUGGGAGCGCGCCUGCCUCAGCAGCUCCAACACCCCUCCUUCCAGGCCUUCCAGGCAUGCCUCCUGCUCUGCCCCCUUGUGCCCUCCUGGGUUCCAGACACAGUUCUGCUGUCUGCACCUGCUCUGGAACCUUCCAUGGGUGGGUUUUCAGACUCCCGAUUCAGCCCUCCGCCCAGACAAGACAGCCCGGCGUGGGGGGGGGGGGGGGGUCCUGCAUCCUCUCUCCAGGCCCAGCAGGCCGACUUCUGGUGUCUGGCUGAAAAUUCCUUUGGAAGAGGCUCCAGCGGCUCUCCAGCCGCUGCCUCUGUGAGCACAUGUGUAGUUUUUUUGUUCAGACCUCUAGCCUGUGUGUGGAAGAAGGAAACUCCAGUCACUUUGCAGAGCGGACCAGGAAUGUUAACAGUUUCCUGGUGUUUCUCCGGUACCAGUGUUACUAUGAGUACCCGCUGCUGACCUACCUGGAGUAUCCCAUUCUCAUCGCACAAGACGUCCUCCUCCUGCUGUGUGCCUUCCAUUUCAACGGGAACGUGAAAGGAGCAGCCCCGUACAUGGCCGUAUUUGUGGCCUCGUGGUUCGUCCUUCCCCUGCAGAAGUGGAUCAUAGAUCUGGCCAUGAAUCUAAGUACUUUCAUCAGCGUGGCCAGCAAGUUUGCUCAGCUCCAGUACCUGUGGAAGACCAGGGACUCAGGCACCGUGAGCGCCCUCACCUGGAGCCUCGCUGCAUACACCUGUGCAACAAGAAUAAUAACAACGAUAAUGACCACCGGCGAUCUUACGAUUCUUACACGUUUCGUGAUCAUGCUUGCUUUAAACGUGUGGGUAACCACCACGGUCCUUCGCUACAGGAAGACGGCGGUAAAGGCUGAAUAACAGAUGCGCUGCCCCUCCACACGAAGUGGAUUCCUAAUAACUGAACCACAGCUCACUGCUGAAUCAAGGUCUCUUAGAAGUUUAGUCAGUUGCUUCAGAAACGCUGAAUUGAAGCCAGAUGUAUUUUGGACAGGAGCCACUUAAACACUUGUUGAGAAAUGUUGAUUUCCUUCCCACUCCUCCCCUUCGUGCGUGAGGCAGAGGCAGGUCUCAGACACCUGCAAGUCGAGCAGUGAAGACGACGCUCUUCAGCUUUCAGAAUCUUCUAAGAAAUAAAUCCUCUCUAGAGCACAAAUGAUUAUGAACGGAGUGGGAUUUUAGUCAGAAGUGAAAUUGUAGUAAAUUACCAGGGUCACUUUCUGGGGCGUUUUUUUUUUAAUAUAGAUGUAACAGGAUGGCCUUGCUGGAUCCUAAUACACGAUAAUGCCUCCUUAGGCUAUAGUAAGGAUAUCGAGGCAAGCAAAAACUAAUUGGCUCGAGUUUAUAUACCCAAGUAGUGCUGUAACUUCAUAUAGUGCCUUUAAUUCCUAAGGAAUGGUCGAUUGGCUGCAGUCUCUACAGCAGCAGGACGAGGCAGUCCCGAUGAACUUUCUGAUUCAAGCACCAUGCUGCCAUCUUUA